AUGUCUGAAGCAGUCAAGAACCAAGACGAAUUAGCAUCAACUACUGUGCAAAACGCCGGUAAUGCUGCUGAUGCCACUACAAAUGCUACAGCUGAUGCUGAAACACAAGACAAAGGUGAUCAAGAUACCACUGCCAAGUCUAAAGAGAAACCAGAAGAAAAGGCUAAAACCUCUUCUGGUGGUGAUGAUGUGGAUGAUUUAGACGAUUUGUUGGAUGACUUUGCUGAUGAUGUGCUCAAUAAGCCACCAGGAUCAACUCUUGAUAACCAGUCGCAAACUGGCUCAACCACGAAAAAGGACGGCAAAGGCACUGCAUCAUCUACUGAUCCCGUCAAUGAGGACUUCCAAAACUCGGUAGCCGAACUCAUCAAGGAUAUGAAUAUUGAGGACCCUGAAACUCAAAAACAGUUUGAAACUUUAGUUCAACAAUUUGAAACUAACCAUAGGUCAGAAGCUGAGUCUGGCGCACAACAAACGGCAAACUUCGAUUAUGUUAUGAAGGAAACUAUGGAGAGAUUGCGUAAAUCAGGCGAAGAUAUUGAUUCAAAAAUCAAAAACGACUCCUCGGGCACUAAUCCUGAAGAUAUCUUAACUCAAUUAUUAGCAGGAAUGAAUGAAGGUGGGUUAGGUGGUGGAGAUAUGGAUAUGAGCAAACUAUUGAUAGAUAUGUUGGAACAAUUGAGUUCAAAGGAAGUGUUGUACGAACCAAUCAAGGAUUUAAAUAACAAAUUCCCACAGUACUUAAAAGACAACAAGGACAAAUUGGACGAACAACAAUAUGCAAACUAUACCAAACAAUAUGACAUAACCAAUGAUAUCUUGAAAGUAUUUGAAGGCGACAAUUACAAUGACUCGAAUAAAGGACAACGAGAUCAGAUUAAUGCCAUGUUGGAAAGUUUGCAAGAGUUGGGUCAGCCCCCAGUAGAGCUAGUAGGGGAUGCCGGUGAUUUCUUGCCUGGUUUUGGAGGUGCUGGUAAAGAUGGAGCCGGUCUUGAUGGACUCGAUUUUGAUGGUAAGGAUUUACCGCCUGAUUUGGAAAAAAAUUUACAAGAAGGAUGUCAACAACAGUGA